UCGGCUCCGAACUCCCCCAGAGGGCGGACGCAGGACUCAAAAAUGGCGCGUUUCCGUCUCGGCCGGAAGUUGCUCCGCUCGGGCGCGGUCCUCCCCUCUCUAUGGCCUCCGCCCAACAGGACUCCUCGCACUCGGCAGCGCUCGCUUCGCCGCUCGGUUGGGGCAUGUAACGGUCGCCGUCGCCAUGGAGACACCCGGCACGAGGGUUCUCCUUUCCCAGUCAGAAGAAACUCUGGACUCUCCUUUGCCGAGUGAAAGUAUAAAUUCUCCACUGCCAAAUCUAACUCCAAGACACCAAGAGUUGAUUGCAACGCCUUGUGGCCCUAUAAAACGAUGGUCUGAACUGUCUUCCCCUGUCAAGAUCUACUUCUGCGUCACCAUCCUCUCAUUGUUGAGUGUCAUUGGAUUAACCGUCGAGAACCUCUUCCAGCAGAAAGAUGAAGAUUUUACUGUCUCUCUCAUUCAGAUCAUUGGCCUUGUUUUCUGCAUCUAUUAUGUCAGCCGGGGGAUCCUGCAGGAGAAUCGCCAGGAGCUGGUGGUCUUUGUCCUCUCCAUUGCGCUGGUCAUGCUGCGCUCCGUCAUCAACUUCACCGUCCUCCCCGCCAAGCAGAAGCCGGCGUUGCUGGCCCGCUUUGUGCUGAUCCUCUUGGUGGGAGCCUUCGACGUGAGCUGCGCCGUGAUCCUGAUUCAGAGCGAGAGCAGGAUGGCUUUCCGAGUGGGCGGGGCGUUGGAGAGCCUUCAAGCCCAGUAUUUCAUGCUGAACCUCUGCUUCUCCAUGCUGACCUUUGACCUCCAGGCUCAGCUGUGUCUGUGUGUCCUGCUGCUGACCACAACUCGGGAGAUUUCCAGUCUGCACAGCGUAUUCCUGGCUGCUGGGAUUUGCUGGGCUAUUCUGAAAGUUGCCUGUGGCAUCAUUGCUAUCUUAAAAGAGUUAAAACCUCUCGCCUGGAUUUUUGUGAUUCAGAAUUUACCAGAAGUGGCUUAUCUCGCAUACCUGCUGUAUGCGGUCAUAACAGAAUGGGGCCAAGGGAACUCGUAUGCUCUGGAAGCUGCCAUUAUAACUUGUUCCUGCAUCUCUGUGAUGAUCAAAAGCGUCCUGUUCUGGGCACUGUUUCACGUCUAUCAGAGCUUCGGGCAAGGGCUGAGGGAGAGGAUGUUUUCUUCCUAUGGAAGGAUUGAUUAAUGACCUGCAGCUCCAUCACCAAGCCGAUGCGGUGCUCUUAUAGAGUGAAAACCUACUUGGGAAGAUCUGCUUUCCCCCCACGCUGGACUCUGGAGACUGAUGGAGAAGCAGCAGAAGAGGCUUGAUCCCCAUGGAGACCUUUGCUCCACUUUCUAGGGCUCCGUUCUGCCUCGCUGGAUCCCCUGGACCUCAUGGACCACCCCAGCAGCUUCCCCCUGCUGUCCCUGCUGAAGAGCAAACAAAAACACGCAUAUUCCUAUUCUCCAAACGACCUGUCGGAGCACUUUCUCAAUAUAGCUUGCACUGUGAGUGAGUGAUCUUUCUUGUGCUAGGAUCUGGCAUUUCCUCCUCUUGCUGUACUGUACAUCCCCUAUUUUUUAUUUUAUUUAUGAAAUUUGUAUGCCGCCCAUUUCCCCCAACAGAGAUUUUUAGUUAGUUCAGCCGAGGCGCUGCGACGUUGGCAUGUCUGAGCUUGAUCGGCAGGCAGAUUUCAGGUGCCAAAUUGAAAGCCAGAUCGUAGGGAUGUGGCGGUAGCUUUGGGUGAAUCUCGUGCUAAGAGCCUCAGGCCAGUUUGCACAACAUGAUCCGCUCUCAAAGGUCUAGAUCCAGUUUGAAACCAGAGACACUGAUCUCUAGCACUUCUGGUUGGGUUACAGAGGGAGCUGCCUAUUUUCACACUGUCAAGGUUGCAGGAGCUGAAUUUUCAUUCCAGUGGCAAGUUUGCUUCUGAUCCGCCAAAUUUGGCAGACGCUCACAGAGAUGGCUCAGCCCUCCUGGUGAGGUGCCAGGGGCCGGGGAGGCAGAGAACAGUAGCAUACGCCCGGGCUGGGCAACUCUGAAUGAAGACACUCCUUCUGUAGGGAGAUCUUAUCCCACCUAAAGAAUUUAGGCUCACCACCCACCGAAGGCAUGUUAGAGGGGCUUUGCUGUAAAACAAAGUGGAGAGCUCUUGUUUCACACUGGAGCUCUGAGAUGGUCCAAGUGGUUAGUCCAAACUGCUUAGCACCAACCCUCCUGGAUGAGUAAAUUCCAGCUUCCUGCAAAAACAGUGAAUCGCAGGAGACUGAAUUGUCACAUCCAGAAUGCAGAAACUGGGCACCACGUGGGGCAGAUACCCAUCUAAAUCAGGCCACGUGAGCUGCUGACUCUCAGAAAUUUGGCCCUGACAAUAGGGUGUCUGGUUUCCCCCAGCUAAAAGUUUCCUAUGUCAAUAUGAGCAUGGCUGAUUUCUUGGUGAAUCCAGAGAGCUCUUUUUAAAAAGACUUCAGUACAAUCUUAAAACUUCCAAAGAUGACCUUCUCCCAGAUGUAUAGGUUUGGUCCUGUCUUUUCAAAACAACCCAGCUAUGUGAGUGUCUUAGCCGAUAUAUUCUUCAGAACAAAAUGAUUUUUCUAACAAAACAAAACCCAGUAUUUAAUACUCUAAUUAUAAUGCUUUAUUAAAAGGUUUGUUACUGGCCUUGUAUUUUUCAAUAAAGGAUCAAUGGCAUGGUUGCGUUUUGUAACUCUUGAUCUCCUCUACCCCAGACACAAAACAAUUUGCUCUUCAAAGAAAUAAAAACUGAUAUUCUUGAGCAACAUCUUUGUUAAUCCUGCACUAAAGAGGCCACAUCUGCAUUUCUUAGCCUCUCAGGCCAACCCCAAUACUUCCGAAGGCACUUGGCAUUUUCCAAUUUACAAAGAGUCCGCCCUUUUCAUAAUUCGCUGCUAAUUUACAGGACUUACUUCGCUCUAUCAACUUGCUAAAAAACAAGAGGCUGAGUGGGAAAAUGUCCCCCGCCUUUCCUAGAGUUCUGCAAAGAAAAAAAAGUCAUUACACUAUUUAUUUAUUAGUCACUCAUUUACUUUGCUGUCUUCCCAUAUUAUCUCAGUAUCAACCGCUACAGCUCCUGCCAGAUGUUUUUUUCCAGAUGCAAGUGUUGAAUGCUUGUGAUAAGUAAGUUAUUACCCUAUCAGGGAGCGGGGAGGUUUCUUUAAUCCCAUCCUGCAGCUUUCCAACAGACAGCCUCCAUUACAAUCUGUCACUCCUUGCUUAUCAUCUCUCAAGGAUCAAUUCUGAUGCUGCUAAUAUCUUUGGGAAGGGUGGGGUUACAGCCUCCCUACUGAACAUUUUAGAAGUGUUUUGCUCUAAAGAACCUGAGACCCCUGAAUAGCUGUCCAGGUUCCUAUAUUGCACAAAGCCAUGAUUUGUCCAACUGACCAAGUUCACGUACCGCGCUAAGCCAUAAACUGUGGGUGACUGCUUGUGAGAAAAAGAUUGGGUUCAUGCAUGCUCAACCCAAGCCAACAUAACCAUAUUUUGGACUCAAUGCAUUAUAUGAAACCACCUUUUUUUCCACAAGGGAUCAUUCCUUCCACCCGUUACCUUUUCUUCUUUCCAAGAAAUGUCAUGAUGAUUUUGGGAUUAACUCAACAGCAGAGAGAGCCACCAAGUUUUGGAUGCUGAAAGACAAAACCCAGCUGCUUGAGGGACAAUGUCUUUUCUCAGACAUUGACACUCCUCAGCCCGACAUCCCCUCUGCCACCCGCUAAUGCUCUUCCGUCGCCACGUCUCAAUGUCCUUGGGUCCAGCUUUCCACUACUGGAUGCUAUCACACGACACCAAUUUUUUGGAAAAAAGAAAGAUUUAUUGAAAAGAUCUGGAAAAUAGUUCUGCUCUCAGCAAUAUCUUACAAGUUUCUGAAGCGUUAACAGUAAGAAACGUCAGGCAUCUGACUUAGCAAAGAUCAGAACCCUACCGCAGGGCUAUCUUUAACUGGAGUAAAAAGAACGUUGACCAUGCUGCCAAAAAGUGGAUUCAUAAGACGGAUGGUAGACAACCAACGAACUGGACUGGGCCUACUCAUUUUUAUUUCCCGCCACCCAUCUCUGCCACGUCUUUCUAGGCUGCGCAUCAUUAAAAAAGGACCUGAAAAGGAUUUGGAGAAGCAAGCACGCCAAAGAGGAAGAAGCUCUUGAACCAUGAAGACCGCUGUCUCCACGUUCAAGAACUUUGGACCAAAGUGGCUCUUUUGAAAAUUAGCUGGGGCUUUCCGAUUUUGCCAAAUCAUCACCCCCAAAAGUUCCAAUGAGCGCUCAGACGUUGCCAUUGAGCAAUAUCUGGAAGGCUAUACAUUCCCUUCCUCUUACAACUAACACCCCAAUGUCCUCUCUGAAUGUUUGCUCGGUGUGUCAUGCCUCUUGCACACACGGUUGUGCCCCGUCCUCGCUUUACUGCGUUGACACCCUCCAAACAACAGGCUUGUAAACAAGUUUUCUCGGGGCUGAGUUGCAGGUCUCUUGCCAAGAGAGGGGAAGUUGGGCAUUUAGCAACAGAGAAAGGAAGCAUGUUGAAAUCCAUCACCAAAGCCCUGUGCGCCCUUAGCAGAGGCAGCUUAAAAGAACAUGCAGCGAGUUGACAGAAAUGGAAACAGGGCAAGUGACGUGGCUUCACUGGAGGAUGUAAGCCUGACUUUCAACCAUCCUGGUUUGUUACUCCUCCUCCAGCCUUCUGUACUUCUGCCUGAACACGGAUGGCAAGGAAAAGAAAGAAACUCCUCUUGUUUUCAGAGCAAACACAGGUUUGGAGAGCCUGGCAAUUGUUAUACUCAAAAGAACUGGCUCAGAUAUGCUUCCAUAAAAGACACAGCUUUGGGCUGAGUCUCUGCUGUAAAAAAAAGGAUGCUUCUUCCUAUUCAGAGAAGUUUGAAUGAUCCACGGGGAAGGGUGACGGGAGGAUGCUAGCACCCCAGCUGCAAUCCAAAAUCCAGAGUUCAAGCGAUGACACGGUCAAGCUCUCGCCUUGUCUUCCUGUCUCACGGCCUCGGAGCCAAAGAAUACAUAUAAAUAAAGAGGUGGGAGAGGAGACAUUUCGCUCAGGAUCACAGAACGGCAGGAGGAAGCGCAGCCCAGCAGUUUUGAAAAAUUAUUUUUAGACAGAAUUCACUGGGAGGACAUAAUUACAAGCCGCUGGCAAUUAUAUACAACCUUAACUUUUAAAAAUGGCUGGGUUAUUUUCUGAUCCCUGACAAAGAGGUACUAGUUAGAAAAAGAACGUUUCUUUUAAAGAUGACUUAGAAAAAAAAAAUUGGUCAACUUACGAAAAAGUAAACUGCCACAUUUCCUAAAUAAGGCUCGUUUGAUUUCUCAGCUCAUUGGAAAUGAUUUUUUUUUCCCCUUCAGGUCUCCAGUGAAUCUUUUUGCCCAAGUCGAGAUAUUCUGUACCAAUGCCAACAUCAGGGUUUUGAACCUUUUUUCCCCCCUUAAUUAUUGCACAUUGGGAAGAAAAUCCAACUAGCGACUCUCUAUUCUGUAGUGGCUUAAAUACUGGUAAGGGAGCAGGACAGAGAUGAGAAAAGCAAAACACUCUUUCUGUUCUUCAUCCAGCAUGGAAAUUGGCAACCUGUUUCAACAAGUUAUUUCCUUAUUCCGGUGUAGAAAUAUAUCCUUUCAUUUCCAACUCCCAGCGAGCUACGUAGUAUUUGGAAAGCUAGUAGUGUCUAUGGGUGUGCUGUUCUAAAGUUAAAACGCCACACGCCUGCAGUCUGGGAAGCGAGGCUGCCAUUUCAACUAGCCAGCUAAAAUACCUGUGGUGUAAAGUGGCAAUACCAAGAAGGCCUUAAAAAUGCAAGCAAAUACAGUGGGCCAGCGAAGUGGGAGAUGGAGGACAGCUCGCAGGAUUUUGCUCAACCAACUACACUUGAAAAAUCCCACUAAGUCAACCAAAGAAGCAUGUGAUGCUAGAAGGGGAAAGGUUUACAAAGCGUCACUUCUACCCGGUGUCGAAUGAACUGAAGAUGUUUUCUGCGUGCAGGGAAAAGAACAGGGCAAUGGCAAAAGUGGGGAGCAUUUACGCAAUACUGAGCACGCUGUAAAAAAAUUAGGUGACAGACGCGUUUUCACCCAAGAGUCCCUGACAAAAUACCAGUGAAUUUCUUUGGGGAAAAUCCUGCCUGUUUCUUCUCCAUCACAUUUGGACUGCCCGAAUGAAGCCGAUACUGUGACGAAGAGAAGCCUAAACCAUUUAUGCUGUAUUUCCAUCCGACAGAGUGAUAAAGGGAGGAAGCAGCUUCCCUAUUUGAAAAGGACAUCACAGUGGGACGCUCCCUGGCUGAACCCAACGUGACCAUAUCAAACUCCUUCUGUGCAAGAAAAAAGUCUGGACUGUCAAUUUCCUUCAUGACAUCUUAGCUUUGGACUUCCGGGGAUUUAUAAAAAAUACACAAGGCAUUCCAAACCCGAAUUCCAAUGCUCAGUUCUCGGAAGUCACGGAAUGACCUCUUUCUCCUAUCCUGGAUCACCCUGCACGAAAGCAAAGCGGAAUUUGGUAAUGGUGGAGAAUUAAAAAAGUAUUUUAGUCUGGACGUUCCCCAUUCUUGAAAAUCCCCUUUAUUAAUCUUCGUAAAAGCCAAGUCUUUGUCUUUCCCCCAUAUCCAUGAGAUAGAAACUUAGACAUCAUCAACAACAGAAGGUAUUAUAACAACAGCAAAAAAUUUAAAAAGGACACACAGCACGUUGAAGACACCAGAGGAAAAACGCAAAGCAAGUUUUUUUCUAACUCUAGUUGGACUUUCACACGAUGGUUUGACAUCAGAUCUGUCCCGACGGCCUUUAUUUCAUCAGCAGCA